CUAUUCGUUGUCGUCACUUAUUCUCACCAUUGUUUCCUGAUAGCAGAAAGAAAAAGUUAAUAUUGGAGAAAAAGUUGUGAAAAUAAAAUUAUUUAAAGAAAAGAAAUAAAAUAAAAUCGGGUAGAGCUCAAAUUACCGAAUAAUUAUAUACUCCCUGAAAACACUACAUUACACUCGACAACAAAAACUACAACAGCAGACGUAAAUAUGGGGAAUGUCUUUGCAAAUUUAUUCAAAGGACUCUUUGGCAAAAAGGAAAUGAGAAUAUUGAUGGUCGGUUUAGAUGCUGCUGGUAAAACUACAAUUUUGUACAAACUUAAAUUAGGCGAAAUUGUAACAACGAUACCUACCAUUGGUUUCAACGUCGAGACUGUAGAAUACAAGAAUAUUAGCUUUACAGUGUGGGAUGUGGGCGGUCAAGACAAAAUUCGUCCAUUGUGGAGGCAUUACUUCCAAAAUACACAAGGUCUCAUUUUCGUCGUUGACAGCAAUGACAGAGAACGUAUUGGUGAAGCGAGAGAAGAACUGAUGCGUAUGUUGGCUGAAGAUGAGCUCAGAGAUGCUGUUUUACUUAUAUUCGCUAACAAACAGGAUCUGCCAAAUGCAAUGAAUGCAGCCGAAAUCACUGAUAAACUCGGUCUUCACUCACUAAGAAACCGCAAUUGGUAUAUUCAGGCGACGUGUGCAACCAGCGGCGAUGGUCUCUAUGAGGGUCUUGAUUGGUUGUCCAAUCAACUUAAGAAUGCUAAUCGCUAAAUAAACAAAAUCGUCGUCGUCGUAUAUUUUCUUUAACUUAGAAUCCGCAGCAGUAAAAUAAAUUUAAACAAAAUAUAAAAAACAAAUAAAGAAAAAAUCAACCACAAAAAUCAACAACAACAACAAAUAAUAAUAAUUCAAAUAUAACAUACAAAACAUAAGAAAUAAUUUUGAUUUAAAAUAUAAUAAAAAGAAAACCCAGAAAACAAAAUAAAGUUAAUAAACAAAAAAAAAUAUAAAUAAAAACCAAACCAACCAUCAAAAACAAGAAGAAAAAAACACAUUUCUAUCAAAUUAAAUUAGUAGAGACAACUUUUUAACAACAACCCGAAAAUUCUCUCAAGACAGUUGUAAAAAAAGUUAGCUUAAACAACAACAAAAACUCUUUCUAUUUUUAGGCUAAAACAACAACAUCCACAAGAAAAGAAGACAAAUGAAAAAAUACAGAAAAA